AUGCCUAAACAGCCCGCUGUCAUUAUCAUAGCUCGGAAUUGGGUCGCUACGGCUGAGAAGCCUUACGACCCCCCCUUGUCCUAUGGCGGCUGGAUGCAAUGCCAAAGUUUGGGUAUUCGAAUCAGUAACGAGCUGCACAACUUGGACAAAAAAUAUGGCCCGGCCGCGGAGACCAAGGACGAAUUUGUAUCCACCGAUGCUCCACCGCCUAAGAAAAGGAAAAUAAUCAUACACUCAUCUCCCUUUAUACGUUGCGUCCAAACUUCUAUUGCCAUUACUGCUGGCCUCCAGCAUCCUCAGAACCAUUCUCGCCCUCGUCCUAGACCCCGCCAGCGAUCUUCACGGGCAGCCAUUUCCCCUACCGAGAUGCCAGAACCGGGGACUGAACCGACGGAUUCGUCAGAGGAAAGUCCUUUGCGUCGUACAAAUAGUAGAGAUCAACCACACACGAACCGUUUGGGAUAUAACACUUGCCGUCUGCGUCUGGAUCCUUUCCUGGGUGAGUGGCUUUCUCCAAGCUACUUCGAACACGGUAAUCCGCCACCUCCUUCUGCUGUUCUCGUCUCGGAAGCCAAACUGUCCCUCCAAACACCACAGGAGGAGAUCAAAGGUGCCGAUCUGUCGCACACCUUGUCUGAAUUGCCCUCAGUGGAGUGGGAUGAGAAAGAGAAUGAUAACAUCUUGCCGCCGGCUCAGGAGAAAACCGGGCUGAAAGCAAUGGCAGCCGCGGGACAUUCUUUCCCUAAGAGGGCGAGAAACAUAUCCUUUGGGGCUGAACUAGCAAAUGGUGCGCGGCUGUUGAAUCGUGCUCUUCGCCAACCCCUGGGAUAUAGCCCUCCAUUGCCCACAUAUGCGAUUGCCCCUUCAGAGAAGAUUCCACCAGGCUUCGUCGCCCAUGCCAGAGAUAGUUGUCUGGAAGUUGACCAGGAUUGGGAUUCUCAAAGUGACCCUCUCGGCUGGGGGGACGGUGGUCCAUACGACGAGGAGUGGGGUGGCAUGCACCGCCGGUUCCGCAAUGGCUUGCAGAAGAUGAUUGCUCAUUAUGAGAAAAAUUCGGAAGAAGAGUUACAAGACAAUGAGGACUUGGUUCUGGUCAUCGUCACACACCAAGCAGGUUGUAAUGCUCUUAUCCGCCUUCUGACUGGGGCACCGGCCCUGCACGAGGUGGGAACAGCCUCGCUGACCAUGGCAGUUCGGAAACCCGGUGAGAGGGUGCCUUCCACACCAAUAUCCCCCACUCGGAGAAGAGGCUCACUGGACUCUGGCCUUUCGCUCGACUACGAUAUGAAAAUUAUCGCGUCCACAGAACAUCUCCGUGCCGCCUCCAAUCCGUUGGGCUUGAACUCCCCACGACUCGGCUUCUCUCCUGCGUUUGCAAGCCGUCGUCCUGGUGGUGUGGAUGCGCCCGAAGGCUUCAGCAUUGGGGAAUCCUCCACAUCUGGUCGUGGAAUGUCGCUCACACCGGCUAGGAGCUCAAGUCAAAGGGCGCAUGCCGCUGAUAGGUCUCCAUCCGGCGAGAAUCCGACUGGUCUAUGGCGAGGAGGUAGCCGAUACUCAAGGGAUGAGUCGACAGGAUCAAGCGAUGCUGGUGUGACACCCAGCGUGGGUAGUGGCGAAACUGGUGAGAGUGCUCCUGAGAUACAAAGGAAUAAUUCAGACGCGAACACUCUCAAAGUUGAUACUCAACUCCUCCCAGUCAGAAGCGCGAGUCAACGUGGCCUGUGGGGAGGCGAGUCAAUUAAAAGAGAGAGAAGUCCGGGUAAGAGAAGGUGGACCGCAGUAGAGCGUUCUCCCUGA